AUGAUUGCUGUUAGCCUACUACUAUUCUCACUUGUGAGUAGUGUUGCUGGCAACUGUUUGGUUACUGGACCAUGUGGUGCUGGUUCCUGCUGUUCUGGAUAUGGUUAUUGUGGUACAGGUGUUCAAUAUUGUGGUACAACAGGAGUAGUAUAUCCUGUUGGUGAUUGUCGUGUUGUAGGCUGUGCAGCUGGUACUUGCUGUUCACGUUUUGGAUAUUGUGGUACAACAGCUGAACAUUGCGGUGGUAUUCCUGUACCUACUCCAGGAGGUGGUAACUGUCGAGCAACUGGCUGUCCAGCUGGUACAUGCUGCUCACAAUAUGGAUAUUGUGGUAAUACAGCGGCUCAUUGUGGCACUAUCGCUUAUGGCAACUGUGGUUAUACAGCAUGUGGCAGUAGUCUCUGUUGUACACAAUAUGGAUAUUGUGGUCAAAUUGGUGUUUAUUGUGCAUUUCCAAGAUCAUUAAAUGAUAUGGUGCCAGCAUCAAUUGAAGGUGAAUUUCAAGGUCAAGCAACAUAUUAUAAUGCAAGUAGAGUUGGUUCGGAAUAUUCAACAUGUGGUACUGAACGAGCACGUUCAUUGAAUGAAGAUGAUGAAGUAAUUUAUACAGCUGCUCUUAAUCAAGCACAAUUCGAUCCAUAUACUGUUGAUGGUAUUCCAAGUAACAAUCCAAUUUGUGAAAAGAAAGCUUUAGUAAAAGGUCCAAAAGGUGAAAUAACUGUUCGAUUUGUUGAUCGAUGUCCUGAAUGUAAAGAAGGUGAUCUUGGUUUAACAGAAGAAGCCUUUCUUGCUGUUAAUGGGGAACUUGGCACUGGUGAAACCACCGUUGAAUGGCAUUUUAUUUAG